GUCAGGCACAAGUUGCGACUUCAGCCAGAAUGCCAGCUCGUAUUCAAAUUGCAUCAUUGAUUUUCCCCCUAGUGCCCUUCUCUCCGCAAUAUCUCCGCAAUUUACCACAGUGAUGCUAUAAUAACUGCGCCCCCGUCGCACUUGUGACCACUGACUUUGCUGUUGAAGUCUUCAAGAUGUUGUUCACCAAGGUCGUCUCCGUGUUAGCCGGUGCUGUCGUCUUUGCCCAGGGACAGUCUAACAAUGGCACCAGCAUCCGCCCAAACCCUCCCAAGGGACAUUGGGUAGAUGCAUGGGCAAGCAUGCCGCAGCUCACAGAGCCAGCUAAUCUACCUCCAGCACCCUUCAACCAAACCGGUGCAGUGUUUGUCAAUUCGACCAUUCGACAAACCCUAUAUAUGACAACAGAAGCUUCACAGAUACGGAUCAAGAUAUCAAACGUCUUCGGUGGCUCGAACUUGCCCAUCACAGCAGUCACAGUCGCUCUACCCAUCAACCAGACAGCAGGCAUCCACCAGAUCCAGGCCAACACUUUGCAGCAAGUGACUUUCUCCGGCAUGAGCUCAAUCAGUAUCCCAAAUGGUGCACUUGCAGUCUCAGACCCUAUCAACUUCCCCAUCAAGGCACAGCAAGUAAUCACAGUUACAGCGUACCUCGCAGCUGGCCAGACGACCAACUCCAUUACCAGUCACCCCGGUAGCAGAACGACCAGCUGGUGGCAGUUCGGCAACGCCGUCGACGCCGCACAACUCACUAUCACGGACGCUACCACCCAAUCCGCAGCACACUGGUACUUUCUCUCCAGCAUCGAAGCAUGGGUCCCCAAGAACACUGGCAGCCUCUUGAUCGUAGGUGACUCCAUCACCGACGGCCGCGGCUCCACCCCAAACGCAAACAACCGCUGGCCGGAUCUGCUCCUCACCCGCCUACAAAAGAAUGCUGCAACAAAGCACAUCUCCUUUGGCAACCUUGCAGCAGGCGGCAACCGCAUCUUAGUCGACGGUCUGGGCCCGAAUGCAUUCGGCCGCAUCAGCCGCGAUGUGCUCGCCCACCCGGGCGUGAAGUACGCGAUGAUCUUUGAGGGCGUGAAUGAUAUUGGGACUGCGGCGGCGACUGUAGAUGCGCAGAAUGCUGUAUAUGAGAACCUUGUGCAGGCAUAUCGGCAGACGGUCACGCUGAUUCAUGCAAAUGGUAUCCCGGUGUUUGGCGCCACUAUUACUCCGUUCUCCGCGCCGAGUAACUUCACGGAGCAGCCGUACUCGAGUCCUGUGAGGGAAGCGACGAGGCAGAAGAUCAAUGACUUCAUUCGCAAUUCAGGCACCUUUGAUGCAGUUGCGGACUUCGACAAGUUCCUCGCUGACUCGAGCAUCCCGAGUCAACUUGCGCCUCAGUAUAACUCUGGUGACUACCUACACCCGGGCCCUGUAGGUUAUCAGCAUUUGGCUGAUCAGUUCCCGGUGGAGAUGUUCGCGAAUUUCAAGGACGGUGUCAGCGGCUUCAUUUGAGUGUGAAGGAGGGUGUAAGCUCGGCAGGGAGUGCAACACAAUGAUACCCCCGACUGUUGUUCGAAUAUUAAUGCCAUGAAGGCGCUUGAGUAUGAACGUUACCAUUGAUCCUAUCCGAGUACCACCUUGAUGAACUAUAUUGCUACUUGAG